AUGCAUUUGUUGCUCUUUAUUUUUACAAUAUCACUAUUAUCGAAAGUUAAAGGACAACAAUGUCAAGCAAGAUUCAAUCAGUCAAUUAGUGGACAAUGUUCAUCAAUCGACAUCUGUGAAGGAACCAUAUUAGCAUCUGAUUUAUGCGGACAGCAAAUUUGUUGUGUUCCUGUCACAUCACCAUCAGCUUCAGAAAUAUGUAUUACUGCUAAUGACUUCGACAUUCUAUAUAAUACAUCUCGUGCUAGAUUUCUUCGAAGUGUUCUCAAUUAUGGAAUAAAUUCAGCUGGCAUAUGCUACAACUGUCAAGCAAAAGCUGCUUUCCUUGCGGUUGCAGCAGCAAUGACACAGAAUUUUAAAACCGAUGAAGCUACUAAGAAUGAUGCACAAUUCUCUGCCGAUGACAACAAAUAUGGAAACUCACAAGAAGGUGAUGGAUCUCGAUUUCGUCGACGAGGUCUCUUUGGUCUUCGUGGAAGAGUAAUGUAUCAGAGAUUACAAGCAUUAAUGCCACUAUAUGAAAGUCUAAUCAAUCCAGAGUCAGUAGCACUUACAGAAAAUGCAAUUAUGAUUGCAUCUAAGAUAUGGACUAAUCCAGAUUUGAUCAAUGAACCUGCUUUAACACGCUACGUUGAUGGUUCAUUUUAUGGUUUUUCGAUGUUGUGGUAUAAAUUAACUGGAGAUAUUGAACAACUCUCCAUUGCUGCUAAAUAUUAUUCAAUAUUUCUUCGUCAAUUGCAGUGUGGUGGUGAUCUAUAUUCUGGACAAGGACCAGUUUGCCAGUAUAAUGCUACGCAUAACGGUGUAUGUUCAGCUGAUUGCAUCAAAGGUUUAGAAGAUUCUAGUACAUUUUGUGGCUGUAGUGAUCCAAAAGGUCAACAAUGUCCGAAUAGUCCAAAACAUAUUCGAUGUUGUUUGGAUACAUGUGCACAAGAAUUAAAAAUGGAUUUAGGCAUUGUCCUUGAUGCUAGUGGUAGUGUUGGCGUGGAUAAUUAUCGACUACAGCUACAAUUUACAAAAGAUUUACUUCAUCGAGUUAAUGUUGAUUCAAAUAAAACUCAUAUUGGUAUUAUCAAUUAUUCUAACUCCGCUCAGACGCUGACGUGGCUGGAUACAGACUACACUCUCCAACAAAAACUUCAACAAGUUGAUCAGGCGAUAUAUUACUCCAGCAGUACAGAUACUGCUCUUGCUCUUCAACAAGCAGAUAUUGUUUUUUCAUAUGAGCGUGGUCGUCGACGAUCAAAUGAAGGUGUGGCAUCUGUGAUAUUUGUAAUCACAGAUGGAGCAAGUAAUAAUGAACAAGCAACGAUUCAAGCUGCUAAUAUUUUAAAACAAAAAAAUAUUGUUCUGGUGAGUGUAGGUGUUGGUAAUGGACCCAAACUUAAUGAAUUACACGCCAUUUGCUCACCACCAGCAAGUGAAAACUAUUUUGCCAUGUCGGAUUAUAAUGCUCUUGAACAAAAACUAAAUCAAUUCACGUCAAGAUCAUGUUCAGAACCAGUAUCUAUUUCAUCGAAUACAACUGCCACAAUUGAAAUUAGUAAGGAUAAAUAUAAAUUUCUAAAGGUGGAAAUUGUUGCAAUUGGUAAACAGAUUUUGAUUACUGUUACAUUGUUCAGUGGUAAUGUGAAAUUAUUUUAUUCAUUUACAAAUCGAAAUCCAAAAGAUCCAGCUGAUUUCAUUGAUUAUGAGACAAGAACAAUAGAUACUAAUUCAUCAGUAUGGAGGCAAUCCCAGUCCUAUUUUCAUCUAUCGUCAAUGAAAACAAACAUAGCUAAGAAUGGUCAAGUAACAUUAGUUAUUGAUAAACCAGAUACUAAUGUAGACUUUGCGUAUAUCGGUAUCAAAGGUAUUGAGGAAAACAACAAAUUUGAAUUGAAGUUUGAUGAUUGUACUGCAGUGAAUUGUAUACAGUCAAGUGCAUCAACUGAGAAACUAGCUAUUACUUUAGUGGUUAUCUCAACACAAACAUCAGCACCGUUCUAUCAUGGUGAAGCACUUUGUCCCUGA